UGAAUAAACUUUAUAAGAAUCAUAUAAAUUACUUUGCUUCUUACCAAAACAAUUUCACCAGAGAAAUUAAAUUUGUUAUAAUUAAGCAACGUACCCAAAAAUGUUAGCAAUGUCUCCUUUAUGCCCUACUUUAGGAUGGGAGUAUCCCUUAGAAUUAAGGACAGACCAAGCCUUUGAUAACUUUGAUUUCGAUUCUGUUUUUCUUACUAAUAAUCUUUCAUCCUCGUCUCAAGUUGAAGAUUAUAGAGGUAAUCAAGAGUCUAGUGAUCAUGGGAAUAAGCGAAGUGAAUCGCCACAAGGUACAAGUUCAACAGAUAAGCCAUUGUUAUCUAAGAAGCUUAAUCAUAAUGCAAAUGAGAGAGAUAGAAGAAAGAAGAUCAAUGACAUGUAUUCCUCUCUACGUGCCUUGCUUCCUGCAACUGAUCAAAGGAAAAAGCUAAGUAUUCCAGCGACAAUUGGACAGGUGCUUGAAUAUAUACCUCAAAUACAAAAUCAGGUAGAAAAUCUAGCUCAUAAAAUGGAACAACUUCUAUCAAAAACUUCAAUAUUACAAGGAAGUUCAGGGGAACUCAAUCAAGAGAAAACCUCAAGGAGGUGCAUAACUAAUGAGACAACGACGUCGUGUUCGGUUUCUGCAAAUAAAUUGGGUGACAAGGAAAUGGUAAUCCAAAUAUCAACAUUUGAGAGAAUAUCAAUAUCUGAGGUGCUUUUGCUACUUGAGGAGAAUGGUUAUCUUGUCAUUGAUGUUUCUUCUUUCCAAUCCUUUGGAGGAACAACUUUCUACAAUAUACAUUUGUGGAUUGAAGGAAGCUGUAACGUGAACCUCGCAAAGUUGAAGGAAGUAGUAGUGUCCCUGCUUCUGAAGCAACAAAUGGAGAUGCGGAUGCGAGUACACUCCUAGAGUCCUAGUGUAGGAGAAACAACGCAAACAGCGAUUUGGUCUUUUUAUUCAAAUUUCAUGAAUAUGCAUGUACGUACAAUUAUCCAUAGAAUAUAUAGUAAGCAUAUUUUAUGUAAUGUAGAUGGAUAAUUGGACACCUAAUUUCUCUAAUUUAUAAUCUAUAUAAUAGAGAUCCAUAUAGCGCUUUGAUAACAAA